AUGAAGCCGAAAAUCAAAUUUUUGGCCAUUUUUUCGCUUUUUCUGGCCAUAAUCGAAGCUUCAGUGACACAAUCGUCGAGGAUAGCAUCUGUGUUCAAGUAUCAAUGUCCAGAAAGGUUGGUUUUAAAGUUUUAUUGUUUGUUUUUCAACGAUUUUAGGUAACAAUCUGGGAAUUUGUUUAGAUUUUUUGAAUUUUUAGGUAACAAAACUUCAUUUUUGAAGCAUUUUAUUUAAUUUAGGUAUGAAAAAGUUUAUUUUAAAUUGUUUUGCAGCUGUAUAAAUAUACGUUUCGGCAGUUUUUGAAAAAUAAUUGAUAAAAACAGAUAAAAAAUUUUAGGUAACAAACUUUUGUUUUUUUUUAAAAUUGCGGUUUUGUGUAGAUUUUCAAGGUAAAACAGUAUAAAACAUCGUGUGCCGUUCUUCUGAAUCAUGCCACCGUUUUUUUCAUUGUUUCGAUCGCAAAAUAAUAAUCAUGAGUAAGAUCGGCGGAUGAGUCGCAAUUUUCAUUAGGUACGAAAAUUUUUGACAAAAUUUGCAUACAACAUUAGAGAUGACAUUUUGAAGGUUUUUUACUCUUAUUAGGUCUUUUUGAAGGUUAGUUUUGUUAAUCAUUGUGAUUUUUUGGGUUAAAGGUUUAUAUUGAGUAGUAGUGACAAAAAUUUAAAUUUAAAAGUUUUGUGACAAAGUAUGACAAAUUUGAUUAACAAUAGUUAAAAAGGGUUUGAUUUUGCACCUUUGUGUUUAUUUUUGUCAAUUUACGUCUGUUUAUUACCGAGCUAUAAACAAAAUACUGUAACAGUAGGAAGUUUUAUAUAUUUUUGGGAAAGUAGGACAACGCAAACCUCAAUGUUUUAAUACAAAUAACAUACGUAGAACAGUAAAUUACAGUAUCCAACCUAUAAGUCCCUUUUAAAGUUAUAAAUCACAGUAGCAACACGUCUAAUCCCAUCUUACGCUACCUUUGCAAGGCCUAUAAGUGUAAUGUCUAUGUUGCGCAAGCCUUUUGAAUUCGGAUUCAUGCAAAUCCGGGCCAACUAAAUCCACUCUCAAUUACCCGUUUUUGAAGGCAUGCCGCCUAUUUUUAUGCAAAUCAGGCGAGUCACUUGAAAAACGACUAGACCCCCAAUUGACAAAUCAAAGGCCGAACAUCAAGAGCGAAUGGCUUGAGUGGGCUUUGAUUUCAUUCAAAUUUGAGGCCAUUUUUAAUGUUACUGGUGGGAGUGAAUGUUUGAAAAAGGUUGGAAAAUGAGUAUAAUAUAUUAUUAGGUUAGCUAAAACAACAUAACUAUAUGUAGUACGUUUAAAAAUGGCAUUUAGUGCAAAAAAACGUAAAGUUUUAGGGUUUUUUGGCUAGAGCUAGGCGAAAAAAAAUUAAGUUUUUGCCAUUUUUUUAAUUAAAAAUUUUACGUAUUUUACUUUUUUUCUAUUACAAAAAGCCUAGUAUUUACUGUGAACUACAAUUGUUUUUGAUACCGCAUUUAAAAAUGGCUGUUUUUCUUGAUUUUUUGCAAAAAUGUUUGCAAUUUUUUCCAAAUUUUUAGCCAAAUCGAAACUUUUUACCUCAAAAACAAUAGACUUCUACAAUAGUUUGCCCCUAAUAAAUGCCUUGGUAUCUGUUGUCUGUAUGCCUUAGUAUCUGUUGUCUAUAUACUCAUCGGUUCGGAGACGAACAGGUGGAUUUCACGGUCGGUUUGAGCCGAAAUCAACCGUUAAUGCCUAUUAAUUUCGUCGAAUUUUCUGACAAUUUAACGCAUAAAUUAGCGAAACGCCUAAUUUGGUAUGGAAAUGGCGGGAAAUUGGAUAUACUAGGUUAUGGGGAGAGGCAUAUACAUCUCUGCGUAGCUAUCUUACAGUAACUUUUUAUGGAAUUUACUUUGGAAUAUUAUAUUACUUGCCAUUGCACUUGAAGUCUAUUAUAAUACGAUAAUGACCCUAGUUUUAAGCUUUGACACUAGUGCCAAACUAAUGUAACAUAACACAAAAAACUUCAAGUUUCAAGUGUAAUAUACCACUGAAGUCGCAUGAAACAUAUAACAGAACCAAGUGGUUGUUGUGAUGUAAUCCGUCUCUUUGUCCGUCUCCAAUCUGUUCAAAGUUCCCAGCUCUCUAUUAUAAUAUAGGGAACGCAGCGUGAGAUGCGCAUGAAAUGUUUAGUCAAACAAAUUGACCGGAUUUUGAAUAAAUUAACGACUGUCUGCGUAAUUUGCCUAUUUGGACUUGGAUUUUAAAGAUUUGAACAUAAAAGUGAAAAGUCUGAUCUAAAAUAUUGCUUUAGGUUGAGGUGCCUAGGUUAAGAUUGUAGCUUCAUAUCUGGCAAAGUUGACAAUAUUUUGGCAUAAAAUUCUAAGAGUAGUUAAAAAUAAGCAUAAUUAUUUUAAUUUUGACAGGAAUUAGCCUAAGGCAUUAUAGUUUUAAAAAUAUGGCUCAAAGAAUGCUGAAACCACCAGCUGUCUUGUAUAAUAUCAGAAGCUCAUAUCUGGCCGAAUUGACAAUAUUUUUGAACAAAACGUUUAGAGUAGGUGUAACUGUGUAAUGGUAACCUCAUUUUAAAAGGAUUUUGCCAUAUUAUCAUUAGGUUUCUUAAAAUGCUUAAAAAAGUUUGGCCUGUUCAGCAGGUACCAAGUGUAAUAUCGAAAUUGUUUUGUACUAUAAAAUAAAAUUAAUUUUUAAAAAUUUUAUGUUUGAAUUAGCUAAACUAAUGUCUUAGCCACAUAUCACUAAAAGCUCUAUAAGCUAAAAUGGCACUAGACAUACUAUUACAAGGCUAAAUAGUGGUCAUCUUACCAAAAAGUGUAGUAUAACAUAAGAAUCUUUCUCCGUUUCUCAAUUCCCGGUGCCUUUUCGUUAAUCUUGGAAACAUUUCUGUGGCUCUAAAAGGUUCUAUUGUCUUAUGUUAGGGUUCCUUUUUUUGUUCAGUUCGACCUUGACUUAAUAUCUUGAGUAAUAUCGAGAACGCGAGACUAUAACAUAAUGGAAUGUAAAAUGGGGCGAACUAGGGAAAAGGAAAUGUAAAAUACGUUGUAUGGCGUUAGUAUUACUAAAAUUGGUUUUCAAAAACUGUAAACAAAAAUUGAAUUUUAUUUUCCCUUAAGGCAUUUUAGGCCUAAAAAUCGCCUUUUAAUGCCGAUAGAAUCAUAUUUUAAAGUGCUUAGGCCUUCUUUUUCAUAAAAAUGGUCGUUUUUUUUAAUUUUCAAAUUUACGGCCCAAAAAACAGUUGCCAAUGACCUAUGUUAUCAGCGUUCAUCGACUUGUAAUUUCAUUACCAGUGCUUUUGGAAGCCGGCGCCGCUGACAUUUUUGCGACCACCGUUGUAAUACGCGCAGAAGAACUUGUCGGCACCGGUGUUUGGAGACACCAAAUUAACCCAUUAUAAGGUCUAAUAGGUCAGAGGUGUGUAUUAUGCAACUCUUUUUGUUUUAUGCUAAUUUGACGGAGAUUCGGCUAAUUAUAGGGCAGACUGGAGGAGUUUUCGCUCGUUUUUGGGGGUUUAGUUGGGAAAAAGUUUGGAAAACUUGACUUUCUUGGGUGUACCAAAUUCUUUUUUUAAUUUCAAGACAACUUACAGUAACCUACAGUACUUUUUAAAAGAAGUUACAGCAAUUUAAAUUCCAGUAAAUGACCAAAAAUGAGCAUUUUUUAAGCUUCGCAGCUAGUCUUUACCUCAAAACUGGAAUAUCAUCUUUCAUAUCGUCCUAAUCUUACGUUAAACAGCUUUUUAUGAUCCUUCGGCAGCUUCUUAUUUUCAUGCAAUAGCUUCUUAUUACCCCUUUAUUUUAUUAUUCUAUUAUAUUCAGCUGUAGGCUAGCCGUUAUAAUCCCAUAAGAUUAGGUUAUGCAAUAAAGACCAAGUGUUCCUCGAAUUUUCUCACAUAAAGAAAACGCUCCGAGUGCACUUGAGAAUUGCGCGGUGUUGGAGAAAAUAUUAAAGACGCGAUAUUACACAUAAAUGAAAUGAAAAAUAACAUUAAAAUUUUUUUAAAAGUUUUUUAAUAAAAAUAUAUUUCACUCUAUAUACGUACUUAAAAUAAGCUUUACAUAUUAUUUUCAACACAACAACAAUUUUAAAAUACUUAAAAACAACUAAAUUUGGUCUUUUUCUUCAACCGGAUUCGAACCACACCGAAAUAAUCAAGCGCACAGUUGCUUAACUUGCCAGAUCGGACGAGAACGCAUUUUCUCACUGUUCUACAAAAGCCUUCUCUUGUUUUCUCGGCCAAUUUUGAUUCCGCUGUCUUUUUGUCUUAUUGGAUUUUGUGGAUCAGAAGUAAAACGCGGUCUCGUCCGAACUGGCAAGUUAAGCAACGGUGCGCUUGAUUACUUUGGCUAGGUUCGAAUCCAGUUGAUUAAAACAAGUGAAAAUAAAACGGACAUUGUAGGUUUUGUAUUUCAAAGGGUAAAAAUAGUCUAGAAAAUGUAAAAUACGGGCUUUCUAAUUUAAGUGUAUUUAGAAAUGGCAUUAAAACACAAAAAAAUCUUAUUUUUGCGAAAAAUUACUUAAAACAAUAUUGUAAACACUCUGGAUUGCAUUAAAAAUCAAACUAAAUUUAACUUUUAUGUAAAAUACGGUUUUUUUUUUAUUUUGUUUGGAAAUAAAUAAUUUCAUUUUAGCUGCCUCUGUGUACCAGAUGUACUCGACGUGGAGCUACUGAUAAUAUCAUGCAAAUGGCCGACGAUACAGAAUGAAUAUUUGGAAAAGUUUCCUAGAAACGCGACCAAGUCUCUGAGUAUCAAUUGUAACGACCGGUCGAAGAGCCAGUUGUUAGCUGGGGCUUUUGAAGGUUUUGGAGAGUUGAAGGAGCUUAGGAUAUCGGUAAGGGUUUUAAAUUUUUUGAAAUUUCUUGGGUUUGCAAAUGAAAAUGAGUAAAAUACGAAGCUGUCUGUGGUUUUUCGAAAAGGUUUGAAGUUAUGUUAAGGUCAAAAACAUCUAUUUUGUAUCAGUAUGAUAUCAAAAACCUAAUAUUUUCUUAAAUGUUUGCUUUUUCUAGCCAAGUUCUUUAACAAGUUUUAACAAAAAGUAAAUUUGCAAGGUCCGCUAGACCUUAAAACACACUAAUUUUAAAAAAUUUCAGAACUGCAAUUUUGAAGAACUGACUUCUGACUCAUUUUCUGGACUUCAAAGCCUAAAAAACCUUCAUAUUAGUGACUUUGGAGCCACGAAGUUUGACAAAAACGUCUUCAAUGAUGUCAAAACAAUUGAUAAGUUGUCAUUGAUAGAUGGCGAAAUCAAGGACAUGCCAGAAGGAAUGUUAUGUGGACUCAAAAAUUUACAGGUAAUAGGGUGGGAGUUGGUAAAAUACGAAUUUUGUUUUUUUUAAGGAGGAUUUUUAAAAGUUUUUUUUUGUUUUAAAAUUAAAAAAAAAUCGGUUUUGAUAGUUUCUAUGUUAGAAAAAUUGACUUUAUAUACGUUUAGUAAUUUAAAAAUGGCAGUUUUUAAGUGCAAAAUGAAAAAUACGAGUAGGUUGGGACAUUGCAAAAAUUCCAAUUUAGUCUAAUGAACGUAGAAGCCGGAGGGAUAAAACUUAUUAAAACGCGACGCAAAUUCCAGUAAUUUCAACGGAAACGCAAUUUAGGCUUAUUAAAAUUUUUUUAAAUUUUGAAGUUCAAAAAAAUUAAUUUCUAAGUUUUGAAGCUAAAUUUAAAUUCCUUUCAGAUAUUAUCAGUAUCAGGCAACAAACUAUCCGAUAUCAAGCUAGGCCUUGACGAUGAUUGUCCACUAGAGCAUCUGAUACUACUUGAUGUAUCUAAGAACCAGAUUCGUCAAAUCGACUCAAAAGAUCUUAUUGCCUUCCCAGUGAUACGACAACUGAGUGCUGUACAGAAUGGACUUGAUGAGAUUGCUGCUGAUGCCUUUUCAUUCACGAAGUUGCUGCAACAUUUGGACUUGGAAGGGAAUUUGAUUAAAACACUUCCAGUUUUACCAGGUAUGAUUUUUGGUUAUUUUAAAAUGUUUUUGGGGAUUUUCGAAUGAGACUAAUGUUUUGGGAAGUUUUUAAAAGUUUUUUUUGUAUUUUGAUUUUUUGGCAAAAUUUUUAAUUUUAUUAAUUUUCACUUAAGAACUUUUUUAUACUGCUUAUUUCAUCGUAUUUUACAUUUUUAAACUUCUUUUACUAUUUUCAAUUCAAAAAGCACUAUUUUAUUUACGUUUUUAUCUAUUUUGAUCAACCGGACCGAAAUAAUCAAGCGCACUGUUGCUUAACUUGCCAGUUCGGACGAGACCGCGUUUUACUUCUGAUCCACAAAAUCCAAUAAGACAAAAAGACAGCGGAAUUAAAAUUGACCGAGAAUACAAGAGAGGGCUUUUGUAGAACAGUGUAAAAACGCGUUCUCGUCCGAUCUGGCAAGUUAAGCAACGGUGCGCUUGAUUAUUUUGUCAGGGUUCGAAUCCGGUUGAAGAAAAUGUCCAAAAUUAGUUAUUUUAAAGUAUUUUAUGGUAAUUUUUGUAUUAGAAAUAAUAAGUGGAGCUUAUUUUGAGUAAAAUACGGUUUCUUCUACGUGUUUCUUUAAAUUCUUAUAUUUUAAAAUGGCAUUUUACACAAAAAAAAUUAAAGAUUUAAAUUUAAAAAACUUUUUUUUACUUUUUUUUAAUACUUUCAAAAUUCAGAAUCCCUACUAUACCUAAAUUUGGCUGACAAUCGACUAGAGACUAUUCCGGUUACUGUAGCAAACCUGGAGAAUUUGGUAUCACUGAACUUGUCACACAACGAAAUUGACAUGAAAACGCCAUUCUUAUUGUUCAGUCAAGUGAUUGAGAUCCUGGACUUUAGCUACAAUCGAUUCACAACUUUGCCUACACCAAUAUUCGACCGGUCGGUUGACACUUUGAAGACCUUGGUUCUAAGUGGCAACGAAUUGAAUAGCCUUGAGAUUGGAGCUUUUGGAAAUUACAGUAGACUUCAGAUGGUAGGUUGGAAAGAAAAAUGUAUUUUAUUGGCGUGGUGGGGUAAUUUGCUACCUAAAAAUCAAAGAGAUUUGAUAAAAAGGCAUUUUAGUUAGUAAAAUUUGUUUAGAAAAUGAUUUUUGUUACCUAAAAUUGGGAAAAAUGAAAGUUUAGCGAUUGUAAACAUCGACCGGUCGUAAAAUACGGAGGUCAGUAAAUCGGCGGAACACAUGCCCCUUUUAUGGCCAUAAUUGCCACAAAAUUACGCAAGCUUUUAUGGAUGUUACGAUAAAGAAUGGCAUGUUUUUUCUAAAAUUUCAAAAAUAAAAUUUUUUUUAGAAAUUAAAAAAAUUUUUGUAGAAUACGUGUCAUUCUGAUAUAUGUACUUAAAAAAUUAAAGCAAAUUUUCAAAUUUCAAAAAAUUAAAUUUUAAAAUUUCAGCUCGACCUCUCCAACAAUCAUCUAAAAUCCUUACCUGAAGGCGUCUUUGAAGGCUUGUCAGAACUGGUCGACCUAAAGAUAGUCAACAACUCCAUCUACCACAUCGAUGUCGAAGUUUUCAAACCAUUGGCCGAAAAGUUGCAAUACCUGGACAUGAGCGACAACAAGUUGUCCGAGUUGCCAAUGGCCGUGGGGCGCCUGAAGUCAGUCAGACAUUUGUAUUUCGACUCAAAUCUCAUUCGAAAAACCUACAAGUUUGUGUUAAACAAAAUGGCACACUUGGCCAAGCUCUCGUUGGCCCACAAUCAACUGAAUUCGAUCGAGAACUACGUUUUCUCGGACUGUUCCAAGCUAAACGAGCUGAACUUGAAGAACAACAAGAUUGAUCUACUGAAUUUGGACAGUUUUAAUAAGAACCCAAUGUUGAGGACAUUGGAUCUGUCACAGAAUGAACUGACAGAGCUGAGAGGAUCAGUCAAAAGCUUGAAGUCAUUGAGGAAUCUGAAUUUAAACAGUAACUUGUUCAGUUUGUUGGAUUGGAAUGAACUGCCAGAGAAUCUGGUACAGCUUCAGGUAGGAUCAUAUUUUUUGUUUGCUUACAUAGUUUUGUGCCCUAUAAUGUUUAGAAAAUCGAUUUUAAGCGUCAAAUUUUAUUGUUAGGGUUAGGACAUAGAUGGGUAGGUCAAAGGGGGUAGGGUAGAUUAGGGUCAAGUAAGUAGGGAUAGAUUUGGGGGCGUCUUGAAUAUGAAAAAGGAAUGAAAAAUGUAAUUUUAGGUAAUAUUUGUAUCUUGAAUAUUAAAAACUAUGUGUCACGACUUCAAUUUCGUUAUAACUGGUUUUUCCCACUAAAAACCACCUCAUUUUAGGUAUCAGACAAUCGAAUCGCUCUCUUAUCAGCCGCUACAAAGUCAAAAGUCCGCAAACUAGACCUCCAAAACAAUGAAAUUACAGUACUCCUAACAGAUCAGCUUCCAAAUGAGUUGGAGUUUCUGAACAUGAGUUCAAAUCGACUGUCCAACUUGAACAACAACACCUUUUCUCGUCAACCUCACCUAAAACAAGUUGAUUUGAGACGAAAUCAGCUAAAGUCGUUUAAUCAACAAAGUUUCCCAUUGAAUGCUGGCCUUCUGAAGCUGUACUUGAGUGGCAAUCUACUAGAAUGUAACUGUGAGACUGGCUGGUGGAGGAGUGCUGAGCCUAAGAGUUCUUCUCCUGUUCAGUUGAUGGACUAUAAGAAGAUUGAGUGCGUGGUUCAGGCUAGUCAGGUGAGGAUUUUGAAGCGGAAUUUGAUUUUUUUGGGUUGAAAAGACAUAAAAUUGAAAAAAAAAUAAUUUUUCUAAUUUUAAAUUUUUUUUAAAUUUUAAAAUUUUUUAAAAAUUCAAUUUUUCAGGCCAAGAAGCUCUUGUCCAACACAAAACCAGACGACUUUGUCUGUGGCUACGACGAGAUCUGUGAGCCCAAUUGUGUUUGUUGCCAAUUCUCAUCCUGUGACUGUAAAUCUAAAUGCCCUAAGGGCUGUGACUGUUUCCAUGAUGCCGACUUCAGGACCAACAUUGUGAAUUGUCAAGCGAAUGCGACAAAACAAGUCAAGUUGGAGAUAAGAGAGUUGCCAAUGCAUGCUACGCAUAUUAGACUGAAUGGACUGGAGCUGCAUACUCUGAAAAGCAGAGACUUGACUGGCCGAGCUCAUCUACAAGAGUUGAGGAUCAAUAACACUGGAUUGAGGGAGAUUCAGUCAUUGGCGUUUAAUACAUUGCCUAGUUUGAAGGUGAGGUUUGUUGAUGUGGGGUACUAUAAAAUAAGACAGGGUAGAAUGAAAUAGUGGUGAGACUUGAAUAAGACAAGAGUAGGGUAAGGUUGGAUAGGUUAGGGCAGGCUGAAGUAGAGGUAAUAGGCUUCAGUGGAAUUAAAGACAGAUAUGGCAGGGUAGGUGGGGGUAAGGUAGGACUAUCAUCGGUAAUGGCAAGGUAAGAUAAUAUAAACAUGAGGUAAGGCAGGCUAGGGACAAUCUUUCUGAUAGGUUUAGGUAAAGCAAAGUAAGGAAUUAUAAAUAGGUAGGGUAGUGGUAGCGUAGAGUAGGGUAGGGUAGAGUAUGGUAGGGUAGGGUAGGGUACGGUAGGGUAGGGUAUGGUAGGGUAGGGUAUUCAAAACACACCUAAUAUUCAAAUUUUUAGACCCUUGCCUUAACCCACAACAAUCUUCACAAGCUGGAGCCAAAGAUUGCCCUAAAGACCGGUCGGGUGGAGCACCUAGAUCUUUCUCACAACCAUCUCCACCACUUGUCUAAAGACCUUUUAGAAACAUUCCCAAACCUGAAACAACUUUAUUUACACUCCAACUCCUUCACUUCCAUACCCGAACUGGUACUUGCAAUAGUGCCGGAACGACUAAAAGGAAUCCAGUUGGGCCAAAACCCAUUUAAAUGCGACUGUAGCCCGGAUACUGUAACAUACAAUGCCCAAUCGUAUGUUCAACAACAUACGAACAUUAUCGAGGAUUUGAGUACGGUACUGUGUGUUGAGAAUGUCACCAAUGCCUUCCUGAACAACGAAACUCACGCCCUAUCGAGCCAUGCGCCUAACGUGGGGGAGGAUCUGUAUGUCAUGCCCAUGAUGACAUUCUUAUCCACUGCCAAUACCACCAUGUGCCGGAAGACUCAUCAUGGUAUCUUUGGCGGUGGUGUGUUCUACAAUUUGUUCUUGAUCGUAUUGACUGUCAUUUUUAUUGCUAUGGCGUUAUGUGGUAUCAUGUACAUGGCUGUAGCACUCCUGAAGAAGGACCAACAUAGGUACAAGAAGGCACCGAUCAGCAUGAACAGUAGCACGUUGACACCGCACGGUGGAUUCUCACCUCAGCCUUUGAUCACUUUCGAUUUGUUCAUCAGUUACUCGAAAAGGGAUGAACAGUUUGUUAAGGAAAGGCUUUGCAAGUAAGUUAUUUUAAUGUUUUAUAAGUAAAGUUAGGUUACUUUGGAAGUAAAAGUGAGUUUUAUAUCUGAUUUAUAGAUAUCUUGAUUGUAAAUAUAGCUGAAUACCGAUUUUUGAGCUAAUAUAUAAUAUAAUUUUAUAUUUAAUACUAAUUUUGGUGAUUUAAACCCGCUUUUAAUGAUUUAAAAAGGUUUAUUGAAAAUCAGGGUUUUCGUGGUGGGACUCAAAAUAUUUGCAAAAGUUAAAAAAAACAAUUUUUAUUAAUUAUGGCUUUAAUGUUGAAUUUUUAAACGAAUUUUUAAGCUUGUCAUUUGAAAAAAUGAAACACAGGGUUUUCGUGGUGGGACCUAAAAAUCUUUCUUUCAAAUCCAAUUUUUUAUACUUUUUUAGUUGCCUAUCUUUAAUAAAGUACUUACAACUAAUUUUAGCACACUUCACGCUCACGACUACUCAAUGUGCUUUCUUCACGACGACUCUCAACCAGACACCUACAGUAGCCGACAUCAACGGAUCAGCGACGAACUGAACAAACAAAUGGGCGCUAGCCAAACUCUGAUCCUCGUUCUGACCAAAGAUUUUUUGGAGAACGAAUGGUCGACCUUGCAAAUCAGGACUAGCCAUCAGUUGUUCAGUUCGGCACAGCGAAAGGCCGAGGAACAGCGAAAAGUCAUCGUUCUCCUGGACGAAACCAUCGAUACCAACUCGGUGGACAACGAAUUGGGUCAGAUUAUGAGGCACAACACUUGUAUACCACUUCAUCAUCAACUGUUCUGGAGUUUACUAUUAGGGGCGUUGCCUAGGAGGGAUUACGGUAGUGCUGAUGGGUGCUACAAUGACAAUAAUUCGGAGACUACACAGAUCUACAGUGAUAUGUACGGGACUAUUGUGCCCAGUGAGAUUGUGUGA